AUUAGCUGGCUUAAGUAGCAUAUCUAUGAUUAGUAGUUUUGAUUAACUACCGUUGAAUGUUAUUAGAUCCCAUCUUUAGGUUGCAGUGCAGUGUAAUUUUAUUUUGUGGUUUUAUUAUUCAUAAAUUAGUCGAAAGUAGUUAAUGUAGUGAAUAUGCCGCUCGAAAAUGAUCUACCAGACUGACUAUGUUGAUAGAGUAAACCAUGAAUAAACAUAAGAUUUGACAGAAAACUGGGUUUUUCAAGUUCAGGUGGGCGGCCUGUAUGACCAAAGAUUACAUAAACAAAAGUCCAUCAAGAAGCAGGUGACAGAAAUUGAGUUGUAUUGAAGUGUUUAGUACUUUAAAUACUUUUUAAAAUAAACAUUCAGUUAAGGUCGGCCUUGUAUAUUAUAAAAUGUCCCAAAUAUUAAAUCAAAAAAGAAAUAGGGGAAAUACCUCUAGCAUUGAACCAUCAAAUAAUUCUUCAAAUUCUUCAAAUAGUGUUCUGUCAGGGAUGCCUACCACUACACCAGGUACAUUAACAGAUGAAUUAGCUGCUCUUUUUGAGUGUCCAGUUUGUUUUGAGAUUGUAUUACCUCCAAUAAUGCAAUGUCAGGUUGGACAUUUAGUAUGUUCAAGUUGUAGAUCAAAACUUUCGUGCUGUCCUACAUGCCGUGGCACUUUAGGAAAUAUUAGAAAUUUAGCAAUGGAAAAGGUGGCUAACACUUUAAUGUUUCCUUGCAAACAUAAAUCUACUGGCUGUCGUAUGUUUCUGGGAUUAAAUGAAAAAGCAGAACAUGAAGAAGUUUGUGAGUUUCGUCCUUACAGCUGUCCCUGUCCAGGUGCUUCAUGUUCAUGGCAGGGUCAACUGGAAAAAGUGAUGGUUCAUUUGCAACAUGCUCACAAAAAUAUAACGACCUUAAAUGGUGAAGAUAUUGUAUUUCUUGCUACAGAUAUUAAUCUUCCAGGUGCAGUGGAUUGGGUUAUGAUGCAAAGUUGUUUUGGGCAUCAUUUCAUGCUUGUAUUGGAGAAACAAGAAAAAUGCGAUGGUCACACGCAAUUUUUUGCCAUUGUACAGCUUAUUGGUUCAAGAAAACAAGCUGAACAUUUUGCAUAUAGACUGGAACUAAAUGGAAAUCGUCGUCGGUUGACAUGGGAAGCUAUGCCGCGAUCAAGCCAUGAAGGUGUAACUUCUGCAAUAUUGGGGUCGGAUUGUUUGGUGUUUGAUACAUCAAUUGCGCAACUUUUUGCAGAUAAUGGUAAUUUAGGUAUUAAUGUUACCAUAUCUGUAGUCUGCUGAGUUUUUGUUAAUAAUCGUGAAUUUGUUCAUUUUGUUAUUUUCUCAUUAAAUUAUAAUUCAUCUUUUUUCAUGAUCACACAUAUAACUAAUUACAGUGGUAUUAAUAAGUUGUAUUUGCUUUCCAUUUUCAAUAUUUUACCCUUUCAAAUGAUCUGUUGGACAUAGACAAGUUUUUUCUUUCAAUUGUUGCCUACAUUGUUUUAAUUCUGUAUCAUAAUGUAUGUACUUGAAUCUUAACCGAAGCAUUUGAAAUUAUAGACGUUAUAUGGUAUAUUAAAUGUUUAUAAUAAAUGCUUUUAAAAACUACUUUGCUAAACUGACAAAAAGCACGUUUUGGAAAAUAUUAAUCAUUUAUAAGUUGUAAUGAAUUAUAUUUAUAGUUUUAGCAAUAUCAUUGUCUCAAAUUAAUUGCUAAUUAACUUUUGAGUCGCAUUCCAGUAUUUUAAACAAAUUUCUACGAUUUUAUAAGUACCACAUGGUAGAUAUCAAAACAAUUAAAUACAUGAUUAACAUUUUCCAAGGGAAAAUGCUUGAAAGGAAUGAAUAGAAUGUUUUUAUAGGAGGAGUCGUUAUACUGUAUAAAAAUAUAUUUUUGUAACUACACGUAAAUGCUUAGUUAAGAUUUAAAAUUGCAACCGUCUGUAAAAUAUAUUUUUACUCAUAUAAUUUAUUUUGUUUGUGAUAAAUAGUUAAGGAAUUAGUUUUAUAUUUACGCGGCUAUAGGAUUUAAGGUUUUCACUAAUAAAUAACUGCAGUUUA